AUGCAUCGUCCCAAGGUAGCCAAGGUAGUAGCCGACGAAAACACAAAGACUCCGCUCAAACGAACCGCUACACGACUCUACGGCAGCGCCACCACGGACACACUCACGAAGCUCGUCAAGCCGUUCAAAUGUCCUGGCUCAGCUCCACAAACCCGUGAGCGUGCACUACCAGCAAGGAAGAAGCGUAAGGUUUCCUACAAGGAUCAGGAUGGAGGUGAUGACGAUGGCGAAUUCGUGAAAGAGGGCGAGGAGAAGAGAGUUGUGCUGGGGAAUUUGGAGAAGAACAAGGCGUUUCCGGUCUUUAAACCCAAGGACAAGGAGACGAUGUUCCGACAACGUUUUGCAGUUCCGCUUAUCAAUAAGAAUGCUGGGGGUUAUGACGCUCAAAGACCGGCACCGGCAUUGGGGAUGAGGAAGAGAGCCAAUUUCAUUGCGAGGCCGCUACACGAUCCGAGCGGCGAGUUUUCAAUUGUGCUUUAUGAUCCGACGGUAGAUGAUAAGAAAGUUGAAAUUACAGAGGAAGAUGGAGAAGUGAAGAUACAAACAGUAUCGAAGGUCCACAGAAGCUUGGCAGAUAUAUUAGGGAUAAAUAAGGAUGCAAAGGAAGAGAUACCCAAGGUACCUGUGGUCAUUGACCCCAGGUUGGCUAAAGUUUUAAGGCCUCAUCAGGUCGAGGGUGUAAAGUUCUUAUACAAGUGUGUUACGGGUAUGAUCGAUCCCAAAGCCAAUGGCUGUAUCAUGGCCGACGAGAUGGGUCUCGGGAAAACAUUACAAUGCAUAGCCCUCAUGUGGACUUUGCUCAAACAAUCUCCGGAGCCCGGAAAGUCAACCAUUCAAAAAUGUGUCAUCGCAUGUCCUUCAUCACUAGUCCGCAAUUGGGCCAACGAAUUGGUCAAGUGGCUCGGAAAGGAUACAGUCACCCCGUUUGCAAUUGACGGUAAAGCAUCAAAAGCCGAGCUUACAGCACAAUUAAAGCAAUGGGCAAUCGCCAGUGGCAGAAGUGUAGUAAGGCCUGUUUUGAUAGUAAGUUACGAGACGCUACGUCUGAAUGCUGGCGAGCUCGCGGGGGUACCUAUUGGACUUUUGCUUUGUGACGAAGGACAUCGGCUGAAGAACGGAGAGAGUCAAACCUUCACCGCUUUAACUGCUCUUAAUGUCGAUAGGCGAGUUAUCUUAUCUGGAACGCCUAUCCAAAACGAUUUAUCUGAAUACUUUUCCCUCCUCAAUUUUGCCAACCCUAAUCUUCUUGGCACUCGUCUGGACUUCCGCAAGAAGUACGAACUGCCUAUUCUACGUGGUCGUGAUGCCGAUGGUACCGAGGAAGAACGCAAAAAGGGCGAUGAAUGCCUUAAGGAUCUUGCUGAUCUCGUCAAUAAGUUUAUCAUCCGUCGAACUAACGAUAUCCUGUCGAAAUAUCUUCCCGUCAAGUACGAGCAUGUCGUAUUCUGCAAACUUGCACCUUUCCAGGAGGCGCUAUACAAAUACUUUAUUACCUCACCUGAAAUUAAAAGUCUACUUAGAGGUAAAGGUUCCCAACCUCUUAAGGCUAUCGGCCUACUUAAAAAGCUAUGUAACCAUCCCGACCUAUUGGAUCUCCCCGACGAUCUUCCGGGGUGCGAGAAUUUAUUUCCAGAGGAUUAUAUCCCCAAGGACGCCAGGAGUAGCCGAGACCGUGAGGUCAAGACAUGGUAUUCCGGAAAGAUGGUAGUUCUAGACCGAAUGCUUGCCCGUAUUCGCCAAGACACAAAUGAUAAAAUCGUCCUCAUCAGUAAUUAUACCCAAACCCUUGAUAUUUUUGAAAAACUUUGCCGCAGCCGAGGUUACGGUUCUCUCCGACUUGACGGCUCAAUGAAUGUCAAUAAGCGCCAAAAGCUCGUUGACAAAUUCAACAAUCCCGAAGGUGAAGAAUUCGUUUUUCUUCUUUCGUCCAAAGCUGGUGGAUGCGGUCUCAACCUUAUCGGUGCCAACCGCUUGGUCCUCUUCGAUCCAGAUUGGAACCCCGCAGCUGACCAGCAGGCGCUGGCUCGUGUUUGGCGUGAUGGGCAGAAGAAGGACUGUUUCGUAUACCGGUUCAUCGCAACUGGUACCAUUGAGGAGAAGAUCUUCCAGAGACAGUCACACAAGCAAUCACUCUCAUCGUGCGUUGUUGAUGGGGGUGAGGAUGUGGAACGCCAUUUCACACUUGAUUCGUUGAAGGAGUUAUUCCUGUUCCACCCGGACACAAAUAGUAACACGCACGAUACAUUUAAGUGCAAAAGAUGCAAGGACUGGAGACAAUUUAUUAAAGCGCCGGCCAUGCUCUAUGGCGAUACGAGCACCUGGAACCAUUUUAGUGAUACCAAAGGAGGCGGUUUGGAGAGGAUUCAGGAUCUGUUAUUGAGACAGGAAAGUGGGGAAGGGAUCGUCAGCAGCUGCUUUCAGUAUAUUUCUCAUUAG